GCUGCUGUUUUUUUUUUUUCAUUCACAGUUCAAAAAUUGACUGUAUUUAUCCUUGCCACACUUGAUUAUUUAUUCAAAUAAGUACGCAACUGUUUGCUGGAAAUCGAUCACAUAACAAAUCAUUUAGUAUUCUACGACGAACGAACGAACGAAAAAAAAAAACUAUCGUUUAAAAUAGACAGUCCAUAAUCAGUGUGUUGAUCUUAGCAAGACAAUAUUUUGUUGUUGUUCGUGUUUUCGUUGUCGUUGUUUAUAAAAGCGAAUCACAUAGCAAAAACCGGAUUAGAACAAAAAUCAGCAGAGAGCUCAAUCAAUACAAGCAAUCGUUUAACAUACGCACGCAUACACCCAGACACCCAGAAACACACACACACACACAUUGUCGCACGCAUACAAACAUUACAAACGUGACUGUCAUUGAUUGCUCUCGCUAGCUAGCUCGGUCGCUUCGCUCAAAACGAAGACUCGGAUGUGCUGAAGUUACAAAGUGGGUGCGCAAAACAUACGGUGCAUAAAUCGAGUCGAUCCGAUAACAGAUGAAUUCAUGUUAACACGACGUUUUGAAACAAACAAAUGGAUCGAACAUUGAAGUUGUGUCAGCUGUUGGCUGUAUUUUAUUUACUAGUUUGUAAGACGACAACCGCCGAUUCGCCCACCGAUGACAAAGAUUUAGAUGCACUAAUUAAAGAGAUCUUCCAAAAUCCAAAUGAACAACCCCAGCCAACUGUAACUCAAACACCGUACACAGUUCCGCCAACAGAUACUCGCUAUCCAAAUCAUGAAGAUACUAAUCAUUCAUAUCCACAGCCACAACCUCAACCUAAACCAGAUCCAUAUCCACAGCCAACACCAUUAGUAGACCCAGCAAAUGAGCCAAACCCAUGUUUGGUUGGAGAAUGCGUUCCGUAUUAUCUCUGUGCCAAUGGUUCAAUUAUAACCAGCGGAGAAGGCAUUUUAGACGUCAGAUUUGGCGAAGAAGACAAUCCCGAUCCAGUGUUUCAUCCAUGCAAAGGUCUUUUUCAAACAUGUUGCUCACUUAAAACUGAUACGCCAAAUAUACCAAAAAUCGAGAAAAAAGAGGGUUGUGGCCAUCGUAAUCACGAUGGUGUCGGUUUUCGUAUCACGGGACAAAAAGACAACGAAGCACAAUACGGGGAAUUUCCUUGGAUGGUGGCGAUCAUCAAAGAGGAGCCAUCGUUGCAGGAUGUUUUGAAUGUGUAUCAAUGCGGCGGUUCACUGAUUCAUCCAUCGGUCGUUUUGACAGCCGCACAUUGCGUGUAUGCCAAGAAAUUGGGAUCAUUGAAAAUUCGCGCCGGUGAAUGGGAUACACAGACACGUGAUGAGAUAUUUCCGCAUCAAGAUCGAUUUGUCAGUGAGAUGAUUAUACAUGAAGACUACUACAAAGGUGGCCUAUUCAACGACAUUGCACUGCUGAUAUUGCAAGAGCCAGUUGAGCUAUCGGAAAUCAUCAAUACAGCCUGUCUACCACCACAAGACUAUCUUUUCGAUGGUUCAAGAUGCUUUGCUUCAGGUUGGGGAAAAGAUCAAUGGGGCAAAGAAGGAAAGUAUCAAGUGAUAUUGAAGAAAGUCGAUCUGCCAAUCAUUCCGCGCAUUCCAUGUGUCGAACGGCUACGCUCAACUCGAUUGGGUCAUCACUUCAAUUUGCAUUCCAGCUUCAUUUGCGCAGGCGGUGAACGUGGCAAAGAUACGUGCAAAGGCGAUGGAGGAAGUCCACUUGUUUGUCCCAUUCCAAGUAAGCACGAGCAAUACUAUCAAUCGGGUAUCGUGAGCUGGGGGAUUGGAUGUCUUCAAGCGAAUCCAGGUGUUUAUGUGAAUGUGGCCAAGUUUAGAACAUGGAUUGAUCAACAGUUUCAAUACAAAUCGCUUGACACAAGCUACUAUGAACUUUAACAAGUUUACUUAACAAUUAGGAACAAUUUUUUUAUGUGUGUGUUUGUAGACAACAACAAAAAAAAAACAGAAUAAACGAAGAGAAUAGUUGUAGAGUGCAGAUUUCAA